AUGGAAAAAGCUGAUGUCAAGUAUCAAGCACGCUUAAUAGAGAUUGUGAAAGAAGAAAAGGAAAAGAAUGCUACAUUUAAUGAAAAGUCACCAAGAUUCAGUAUUAAAAAUGCGUUAAAAUUCCUUUCUCCCAUUUUCGAAACAUUUCUGCUUUCUCUUGUCAUCGUCAUCACCUUCUCACAUAGCGUAAUAUACCCAUUCCUCAUAGGAGUAGUAUUAAUAUGUGCAUCAACACUAUACGUUGCAUGUAGAUACGAGAAAACGAUUAUUCUUUUGAAUGCUAUAAGAGAAGGCGAGGCAGAGCAGCAGCGAAUAAUGAAGUUCAACUGA